AUGGAAGAACCAGAAAUCAUCGCCUAUAUUUCAACAGAAUAUGAAUCGCUGCAUGACAUUGCUUGUCUAGAAAAUGGACAGGCUUGGGUAAAUGGUGGAGGAAUAAUGACAAGACUAGAUAUAAAGGGAAAUGUACUUGAAAAAAUUAGCACAGCUAAUAAAUGUCCCGCGAAUGGACUAGCUGUCAACGAUGAUGGAGAAUUAUUGUAUUCAGAUUACAAUGAAGAAAAAAUAUAUCUGGUAAAACAUGGAAAACCCAGAACUCUGAAUAAAACGCAAUGGGGACCAGGCGGAAUCUGUUUGAGUGGAUCCGGAAAAAUCAUGGCUGUUACAUGUGAAGAGAGAAGGAGAUUAUUUCAAGUCGAAGUCUUUGACGGGAAGAACGGAGGUUACAUCAAACGAUUUGAACUCUUGGAACUUAAAGGAGGUCGUUAUCUUACAUUUUACAUUGCAGAAAAUAUAAAUCGCGAUAUAUGCAUUGCAGACCUAAACGCCAAAAUCGUUGUUGUUUUUAACCGAGAUGGCAACCUUCGUUUUCACUACAGAGGGAGAAACCUUCUUCAAAAUUUUGAUCCACAUUACAUCGCAACAGAUAGUCAGGGACAUAUUCUUGUUUCUGAUAAUGGAAAUCGUUGUGUCCAUAUUCUUAGCUCAGAUGGAGAAUUAAUCUCUGUCCUAGAUAAGCUUGGAUUAGAAGAUCCACGCGGAAUUAGCAUUGAUAAAGAAGACAAACUAUGGGUUAUUGAAAAAUCAGGAAGGAUUAAAGUCAUACAAUAUUUGAAAUAA